GUAAAAAUUACAGUAGAGAGUUUGACUAAUGACUGCUGCCGUUUGACCAGAAAUCAAGUUCGAAUUUCCGUUAUCCAGACAUUUCUGGCUGCAAAACUUUCGAAUUUCGAUACACUCUACUUCCUGCCAUUCCGAUCGCCAUCAUGGCCGCCGCCGACGACGUUACCUCAGCUCCUCCGUCCAACCGCAUAGACGUGUUCUGGCACGAAGGAAUGCUGAAACACGACGCCGGCACCGGCGUCUUUGACACCGCCGACGACCCAGGCUUCCUCGACGUCUUGGAAAAGCACCCGGAGAACGCCGACAGGAUCAAGAACAUGGUCUCGAUCCUCAAGCGAGGCCCAAUCGCUCCUUACAUCUCAUGGCACCUUGGCAGAGCUGCUCAAUUGGAGGAACUCCUCUGCUUCCAUACCAGAGAAUAUAUAAAUCAAUUGAUCAAAGCAGAUAAAGAAGGGGGUAAGCAGAUGAUCUGCGCUGGGACAUUCUUAAACCCUGGCUCGUGGGAAGCUGCUCUCCUCGCAGCUGGUACCACACUAUCAGCGAUGAAGCAUAUUCUCGAUGGAAAUGGGAAAGUGGCGUAUGCACUGGUUAGGCCGCCGGGGCAUCAUGCUCAAACCACUCAAGCAGAUGGAUAUUGUUUCCUUAACAAUGCUGGUAUUGCUGUUCAGACAGCAUUGGACUCGGGGUUUGGAAGUGUUGCAGUUAUCGACAUCGAUGUUCAUUAUGGAAAUGGUACUGCGGAGGGGUUCUACUGGACUAAUGAAGUGCUUACUAUUUCAUUGCAUAUGGAUCAUGGCUCGUGGGGGCCGUCUCAUCCGCAGAGUGGAUGUGUUGAUGAGGUGGGAGACGAGGAGGGACAUGGGUAUACCAUGAACAUUCCUCUGCCGAAUGGAACUGGUGAUAAGGGGUAUCUGCAUGCUAUGACCGAGCUGGUUGCUCCCGCCGUUAGCCAGUUCGAACCCGACUUGUUGGUUUUCGUCAUUGGCCAAGAUUCAAGUGCUUUUGACACCAAUGGAAGGCUAUGCUUGACAAUGGAUGGAUAUCGAGAGAUUGGACGGAUUGUUCAUGGUUUGGCGAAUGCACAUUGUGGUGGGCGUCUGCUUAUUGUUCAAGAAGGUGGAUAUCACGUCACCUAUUCGGCUUAUUGUCUCCAUGCAACUCUGGAAGGGGUGCUCGACCUUCCAGAACCACUUUUAUCUGAUCCCAUUGCGUACUACCCUGAGGAUGAAGCAUUUGCUAUGAAUGUUGUCAAUUCAAUCAAAAAGUACCAAACAAACGCCACUUUCCCAUUUCUCAAGCAAGGUUGACUAGGAGGCAACUUGCUCGGUUCUCACCUGAGGAGGGCAAAGUGUUUUUCACCCCAUCAAUGAGAUGGGUCCUUCACUCCUUUAUGUGUGUCCCUCUGUCAUCAAGUGCCCCUUUUUUACAGUUAUCAGUAGCACAAGAACGUGCUGAUCUCCUUGAAUAGUGGAGGGUCUUUUUCAGUGGAUGGGCAGCAGCAUAUUACUGCUAGCAAAACAGAGAAGUUAGCUCUGCUAAUUGAGCCACUUGUUAGUAUGAUUGCUCUCGACAGCUUUUUUACCCAUUUGAUUAGUUUUACCUGGUCGUUGGUGCUGUCCUCGAGAUGAAGAAGAGGGAUUGCUUCCUUUCUCGUUGAACUUAUGGUGUGUUUUCGUUACAGACAUGAUUGACAAUUAGCAUACUCUCAUCAUUGAUGGGGAAAAAAAAGAGGAAAGGCUGGUCAGACUCUAAAGCUUAUGGCCUGGAUCAUAAGCAAUGAGUGGUUGUUCAGAACAGAGAAGAACAGCCGAUCACACCAUUGUAAGUCUUGUAGCAUAAGUCUUACACAAUCUCCA